AUGCCAAUGAAUAAUUUGACGCUAACAAUAAUUAAUUUACAACGUGAGCCAUUUACAUUCUGUGUUGAUCGUAAACCCUUAAAAGCGAAUUAUAUAAAUUCGAUCAAUGUUUUGGAUCUAAUUGAUCAAAAGUUGAUUAGGACGUCUGAAUAUUAUCAUAAUGGGAAUGAUAUUAACCACCACCAUAGUAACAACAAAAAAAGUAGUGAACCCUUACUAUGUACAAAAAGUGAUGGAGAUCAUUUAACAUUAUACAUCGAAGCAGGGGCACCAUGGAAAGGAAUUUAUUUGCCAUUUGCAAUGUUUAAUGAACGAAAUCCAUGGAAGAACGUGCCAAGUCCCGGACAUCAACGAUCUGAAAAUCCAGGUCAACGAAAACAAAGCGAAAAUGACGAUCCAUCGACAAUUUUAAAAACCGACACCGGUGGUUUGCCCUACCAACAACCACCAGGAACCAAUCAUUCACAUACCUAUUUAUCCACUACUACUUUUAUCACUACGAUCACUACUUCAUCUGUAAAUAUUUCCAAGGCCAAACAAGCAACUAACAGCUUAGGAAUUCCGACUCUACAAUCCGUAUCAAACAUAUUUAUCUUUGUCUCUUUAUUCUACAUUAUAACUCGUACUCUACGUUUAGAGAUGUUAUAA